GGGCAGAGACAGCGGAGAGCAGGGUGGGCAUCCGAGAGGAAGGUUCCGGGCGCUGAGGGAGGGACCAGGGCCCCUUGCCUCCUGAUUUCACCAAUCAGGACCUGGCCACGCCCUCCCGCUGCCCGACCUCCCUUCACCUCAAGCCCCGCCCCUUCCCAAGCUGGCGGUCUUUGCUGGCCACUCCCUCCCGCUGCCCGACCUCCAGGCCUCAACCUUAAGCCCCGCCCCUUCCUCUAAGCUGGCCGUCCUGGCCACGCCCUUCCGCUGCCAGACCUCCGGUCCGCAACCUUAAGCCCCGCCCCUUCCUCUAAACUGGCUGGCAGUCCCACCCUCACUGCCAGGACUUCCUCCUGGGGGCUCAUCCGGCUGAGAGGCCGAGACUGGGUGGCCCGAGUGACCUCCGGGGCCGUGGGGCGGAGUCGGGCGGCAGGCUGGACGGCGGACCGGAGGGAGGCGGCUCUGGGGCUGCGCGCAGCCUGCGCCCGGGCCAGGCGGGCGGCGAUCUCGGGAUGCCGGGCGAGGUGGAGCGAGUCUUCCUCGCGGCGCGCGAGGAGCUGGCGAGCGCCCUGAGGAGGGACUCUGCGCAGGGCUUUUCCCUGGAGCAGCUCAAGCCGCUCCUGGCCACCUCUCUACCAGCUGCCGCCCGCUACCAGCAUCUGGACGCCGGGCGCCUGGUCCGCUGCAACGCUCAUGGAGAGCCCCGCAACUACCUCAACACUCUAUCCACCGCCCUGAACAUCCUGGAAAAAUACGGUCGCAACCUCCUCAGCCCUCAGCGGCCUCGGUACUGGCGCGCGGUGAAGUUUAAUAACCCAGUCUUUCGGAGCACGGUGGAUGCUGUGCAGGGGGGCCGUGAUGUGCUGCGAUUGUAUGGCUAUACCGAGGAGCGCCCAGAUGGCUUGAGUUUCCCCGAAGGGCAGGAGGAGCCAGAUGAGUACCAGGUCGCCUUAGUCACACUGGAGGUGCUACUGCUUCGCAUGGAGCUCAGCCUGCUGUUGCAGAAUACUCACCCAAGACCCAAGGCACUGGAGGAGCUGCUAAAAGACAGAGUUGAAGAUGAUACGCUGCAGCUUUCAGAGUUUCACCCUCUGUUGAGAGAGAUUGUUCCUGGCCCCCUCUCCACACCCUCUACCCCAGGCUCCACUCCUGGGCCCUGCUUUCUUUGUGGUUCUGCCCCAGGCACACUGCAUUGUCCAGCCUGUAAUCAGGCCUCAUGCCCAGCCUGUGACCUUUUGUUCCAUGGACACCCAUCCCGUGCUCAUCACCUCCGCCAGACCCUGCCUGGGGCCCUUCAGACCCCCCACCUAAGCCCUAGUUUACCUGCCUCAUCCCAACCACGGUCCCACUCAACCUCCCUGACCCUGGGAGACAGCUCUCUUUCUUCCCCUGAUCCUGCAAAUGCCUGCCUGCCCUGGCACUGUGCUGCGUGUGCCAUGCUAAAUGAGCCUUGGGCAGUGCUCUGCGUGGCCUGUGAUCGGCCCAGAGGCUGUAAGGUGCUGGGAAUAGAGGGUUCCCAAGGUACUGGGAGUGUAGAACCUGAGCUUGCACGGGAUCGGUGGGCCUGCCAAAGCUGUACCUUUGAGAACGAGGCAGCAGCUGUGCUGUGUGCCAUGUGUGAGCGACCUCGGCUAGCCCAGCCUCCCAGCUUGGUGGUGGAUUCUCACAAUGCUGGCUUGUGCCUGCAGCCCCUUAAGGGGGAUACUUUGCUGUCAUCUGCCCAGACUCAAGUCUGGUACUGUAUUCAUUGUACCUUCUGCAACUCGGGCCCUGGCUGGGUGUGUACCAUGUGCAACCGGACCAGCAGCCCUAACGCAAUACAGCAUGACCCCCAGCCCUAUGCCAGCUCUUUGGAAAAGGGACUCCCAAAGCCUGGGCCCCCACAACGCUUCAGUACCUCUCUAACCAGUUCCUGUGGAGACCCAGAGAAACAACGCCAAGAUAAGAUGCGGGAAGAAGGUUGCCAGCUAGUGAGCAUGAUCCGGGAAGGGGAAGCUGCAGGUGCCAGUCCAGAAGAGAUCUUCUCAGCUCUACAGUAUUCAGGCACUGAGGUGCCCCUACAGUGGUUGCGCUCAGAGCUGUCCUAUGUCCUGGAGAUGGUGGCCGAGAUGGCUGGACAACAGGACCCAGAGCUGGGUGCCUUUUCCUGUCAGGAAGCCCGGAAAGCUUGGCUGGAUCGUCAUGGCAACCUUGAUGAAGCUGUAGAGGAGUGUGUGAGGGCCAGGAGAAGGAAGGUUCAGGAACUCCAGUCCCUGGGCUUUGGGCCUGAAGAAGGGUCUCUCCAGGCAUUGUUCCAGCAUGGGGGUGAUGUGGCUCGGGCCCUGACUGAACUACAGCGCCAACGCCUAGAACCCUUCCAUCAGCGCCUAUGGGACAGAGGCCCUGAGCCCACUCCCUCAUGGGAUGGGGUAGAUAAACAGAGCCUGGUCCGUCGGCUUUUGGCAGUCUAUGCACUCCCCAGCUGGGGCCGAGCAGAGCUGGCAUUGUCACUGCUGCAGGAGACACCCAGGAACUAUGAGUUGUUGGAUGUGGUAGAGGCCGUGAGGCACAGCCAGGACCGAGCUUUUCUGCGCCGCUUGCUUGCCCAGGAAUGUGCUGUGUGCAGUUGGGCCCUGCCUCGAAACCGGAUGCAGGCCCUGAUUUCCUGUGAGUGCACCAUCUGUCCUGACUGCUUCCGGCAACACUUCACCAUAGCCCUGAAGGAAAAGCACAUCACAGAUAUGGUGUGCCCUGCCUGUGGCCGCCCCGACCUUACUGAUGACACACAGUUACUCAGCUACUUUUCCACCCUUGACAUUCAGCUCCGAGAGAGUCUAGACCCAGAUGCCUAUGCUCUGUUCCAUAAGAAGCUGACUGAGGGUGUGCUCAUGCGGGACCCCAAGUUCUUGUGGUGUGCCCAGUGCUCCUUUGGCUUCAUAUAUGAGCGUGAACAGCUAGAGGCGACAUGUCCCCAGUGUCACCAGACCUUCUGUGUGCGUUGCAAGCGCCAGUGGGAGGAACAGCACCGAGGACGGAGCUGUGAGGAUUUCCAGAACUGGAAACGUACCAAUGACCCUGAAUACCAGGCUCAGGGUCUGGCAAUGUAUCUUCAGGAAAAUGGCAUUGACUGCCCUAAGUGCAAGUUCUCUUAUGCACUGGCCCGAGGAGGCUGCAUGCACUUUCACUGCACCCAGUGCCGUCACCAGUUCUGCAGUGGCUGCUACAAUGCCUUCUAUGCCAAGAAUAAAUGUCCAGACCCAAACUGCAGGGUGAAAAAGUCCCUGCAUGGCCACCACCCUCGAGACUGCCUCUUCUACCUACGGGACUGGCCUGCUGUCCGGCUCCAGAAACUGCUGCAGGAAAAUAACAUCAUGUUUAAUACAGAGCCUCCAGCUGGGGCCCGGGCAGUCCCUGGAGGUGGCUGCCGAGUGAUGGAGCAGAAGGAGGUUCCCAAUGGGCUCCGGGACGAAGCUUGUGGCAAAGAAACCCAGCCAGGCUAUGCAGGCCUCUGCCAGGCACACUACAAAGAGUAUCUUGUGAGCCUCAUCAAUGCCCACUCCUUGGACCCAGCAACCCUGUAUGAAGUGGAGGAGCUGGAAACAGCCAUUGAGCGCUACCUACAUGUACACCCCCAGCCAAUGGCUGGAGAGGAUCUUACUGCCUACCAAGCCCGAUUGUUACAGAAGCUGACAGAAGAGGUACCACUGGGACAGAGUAUCGCCCGCAGAAGGAAGUAGCAGAGGGCCCGGGUCCUGAUGAGGGCCCAUGAUCCUACUUCCCCAAGAUGGCUCCAGCACCAAUAAAGAGGCAUCUUAUUGCCUAGGCUUCUUGGUGGUCCUUCUUCCUGGCCUCACCAUCUAGGGGCAUUAGGGA